UCCAACUAGAUUUCAAUCCGGGCCGAGCCCAAAAUUUAAAUUUACCACGACACCGUAGAUGGAUAUUAUGAAAACCAAAAAAUCCCAAAAUUGAAACAGAAAAAAAAAAAAAAAUCGCAAAUUCCUUCCUCCCAAUCUAUCCCAUCCCUGAAUGGCAUCCAUGGACGAUACCUUCAAGCUCCGAGUCGAGAAGAUCUUCGGAUCGCUCCGAUCUUCGACGUCUACUACACCUCUGGAGCAGCGACCUUCUCUGUGGUCCCUGACGGACGACGAGGUCGAGCGGAGGGAGUGGAGGCGAGACGCCGACACCACUGACCGACACGACAUGCCGUGUUCGUCUUCUUUUGAUGAGUUCUUGAAGGAGGAGCGGAAGCAUAGAAACGAGAAGAAUUGGCGCAAAGAGCUGGAGGAUGAUCUCGAGGAUGUCGAUGAUGAUGGCGAGGGUGGAGAUGUGCGUCGGAAAAACGACGUUGAUGGAGAUGAUUGGAGUAUCAAAUCUUCUAUUGGAUUGGAUAGAACUCUCGACAAUGAGGAAGAAGAAGAUGAAUAUGACAAAGUUGCUUCAGGCAGAGAUUAUGCUGGAAAAGUAUACAUGAGUGAUAUUAAUGAUCAUGGUCUGUAUUUGAAUUCUCAGAAUGUGCUUCAUGGUUCAGCAAAUGAUAAAUCUAAAAGGGAUCCUCGUGCCAAUUAUCUGGCUGCAAGAAUGAGGCUGAAAGAAGAUGAUGCUGACGCACGGAGCUCUCACCACAGUGGUGAUACAGAAAAUAAAGAACCACAGUCAAAAUCAUUUGAUAGAGGUAGCUUAUUGAGGUCUAUACUGAAAAGGAAAGAUGACAAUGCUGGUUUCAAGCCACAAAAGCGUGUUCGGUUUGACCCUUCUUAUGAGAAUGAUUCUGAAGUGGUGUCACAGAAGUUUAAGGAGUUUCCUGCAGGCACCCUCUCAAAGAAUGUUAAAGCACCAGAUGGUGGACUUCCAUUUGCAGAAGAUGCUCCAAAGGUUCCAGAUUAUGUACUAAAUCCUUCUAGGUAUACACGUUACAGCUUGGAUUCAAGUGAAGUUGAUGAUGAAUCAAACACCAAUGCUUGUAUGGACUUUCUUGAGCUUGUUAAAAAGUUAAAACCUAAAGAGUCAGGAUCAGAGCUGGAGGAUGGUCAAAGUGAUCUUCCAAAAGUGACUUUUAUCCCAAAGAAAAAGUCAAUCAAUGUUCAAGCAGGAAAUAACGGUGGUGAGGUCCAAGAGAUGGAAGUUGAAGGUAAGCAGUCCCUACUCCCAUCAGGUCUCCCUCAGGGGAUUGCAGCUGGUGAAGCCCAACAAUGUGAAGAAGGUGAAUUAGAAGAUGAUGGAGCAGGAACAAGUGCCAUUGUCCAAAAACAUGGUCGCAGCUAUCGUCAAAAACCAAGAUCAGAUGAGUCAGACGCUUGAAGUUGAAAGCAGAGACUAUUGUCAGUUGAGUUUGGAUAGUUAAAUCAAAUUGAAAUUUGCCUUAAAAAUCUUGGUUUUGUUUCAAACCAUUUUGUUGAAUUUGAUUUUGUUAUCAGGAUUGUGAGAAUUUCUAAAGGAAAGGUUUAUUUCGUCAAAUAUUAGUUGCAUGGUUUGAUAAUGUGA